UCAUAUUCAGCAUGUUUUGCACAAGAAAUGUCAGCCAGAAAGGGCUAUCUGCUCUCUUCGCCAAAUUAUUCCUCUGCAAUCAUGGCAUGUUCCGAGAGCCCCGCUACAAACUCUUUUUUGGUGGACUCGUUGAUCAGCUCAGCUUCGGGCAGAGGGGAAGGAGGAGGUGGUGGUGGAGGAGGAGGAGGUGGUGGUGGUGGAGGAGGAAGAGGAGGAGGAAGCGGUGGCGGAGUUUCUGGCGGCGGCGGCGGCGGCGGCUACUAUCCCAACAACAGUGGUGUCUACCUGCCACAGGCGUCCGAUCUAUCCUACGGGUUGCAAAGCUACGGACUCUUCCCCGUCCUGGGUAAACGCAAUGACGGCCCAACUGCAAGCAUGGUGCCCGCUUCUCACACGUACAUGUCAGGGAUGGAAGUCUGGCUAGAUGCCCCCAGGUCCUGCCGCCUGGAAGAGCCCGAGAGCCCGCAGGCGACCUCGUGCUCCUUUGCUCCCAAUAUCAAAGAGGAGAGCUCCUACUGCCUGUAUGACUCUGACAAGGGCCCCAAAGAGGCGGCGGCCACCGACUUGUCGACUUUCCCAAGGCUAAGCUCAGACGUCUGCUCCAUGAACAACGUGACCGCCGGGGUGCCUGUCCCAGGUUACUUCCGCUUGUCCCAGGCGUAUGGCACCACCAAGAGCAGCAACGGCGACGGCAGCUACAGCAGCAGCAACCACCUUCCCCACCCCCUCCCGCCCCACCACCCGGGCCACAUGGUCGCUGCUUCCCAGUUCGCCCCGCACCCUCAAGGGCGCUUUGAGACCCCUCCGGCUUUGCCUCCGACAGUCCCACCACCGGAUCCGGGGAGCAAAGAGAGCGAAGAAUCUCCCCCGCCCAGCACUGUGGCUUGUGUCUCCCAGAGGGGGGAGGAAGAAGGUCACGCUUCCUCUUCAGCCGCAGAAGACCUCUCCCCGGCUCCUUCAGAGAGCAGCAAGCCCUCCCCUGAGAAAGAAACCCUAGGCAACUCCAAAGGAGAGAAUGCAGCCAACUGGCUCACCGCAAAAAGUGGCAGGAAGAAACGAUGCCCGUACACCAAGCACCAAACCCUCGAGCUGGAAAAAGAAUUCCUGUUCAAUAUGUACCUGACUCGUGAGCGUCGUCUAGAGAUCAGCCGCACGGUCCACCUAACAGAUAGACAAGUUAAAAUCUGGUUUCAGAACCGCAGGAUGAAACUGAAGAAAAUGAACAGGGAGAAUCGGAUUCGAGAGCUCACAGCCAACUUCAAUUUCUCCUGAUGAACCCAAAGGACGGUCUAAAUAGCCAGUAGGAUUCCCCCACGACCGCCACCGCCACCCCUCCAGGCUUUUAGCUACUCGCACCUGUGUGGAAUUGAACCUUCCAAUUACAUUCUCAGCCUCUUCCAUACCUCUUGGUAAUUGAUUUUGUUGGGAUAAAGCCAUAAUGAUGCACACACUGUGCCAUUUUCUUGUACUUCCCUUAUUUUCACACUCGCUUCUGGAAAGUCUGAAGCUGAAAAAUGUUUUUUCCAGAACCCUAGAUAUCUAUUCCCCCCCCCCUUCAGAAUAUUGAGCCAAACCUAG